GUUCUACACGAGUUAUUUUUCUUCUGUAUUGAUUGCCUGCUUGUUGAAUUUCACUUGUAUUGUGAGGAUUUAACAAAGAAUUUUAUAAAUAUUAAAAUGAAUAGUUUUCUAUAAAAGUCACAUCAUUUUUAUUAUGAUAGGUGUGUUAGAAGAAGCCAGAUUUUUUGGUAUUGACUCAUUGAUUGAACACCUGGAGGUGGCAAUAAAGAAUUCUCAACCACCAGAGGAUCAUUCGCCAAUAUCUCGAAAGGAAUUUGUCCGAUUUCUGCUAGCCACGCCAACCAAAUCAGAAUUGCGUUGCCAGGGUUUAAACUUCAGUGGUGCUGAUCUUUCUCGUUUGGACCUUCGAUACAUUAACUUCAAAAUGGCCAAUUUAAGCCGCUGCAAUCUUGCACAUGCUAAUCUCUGCUGUGCAAAUCUUGAACGAGCUGAUCUCUCUGGAUCAGUGCUUGACGUUAUAACUGGUGGUUCCAUGCUCAACCCACCCAAAGAGGAACUUACCUUUUCCAACUAA